AUGAGCGAUACGACUAAAAACACGAAUGUUUGGUUGUUCUACCCGAAUCUGAUCGGGUAUGGUCGUAUUAUAACGGCAUUCCUAUCGUUCGAGGCAAUGCCGUAUGCACCGUUGCGAUCAGCACUUUGGUAUGCGCUAAGUGCUCUGCUAGACGCAGUUGAUGGACAUAUCGCGAGAAUGUUCAAUCAGAGCGAUCACUUAAUACGGGUAUUUGUUGUUUUAUGUACACGUUUCGGUGCAAUGCUUGAUCAGCUGGUGGAUCGUUGUACGACACUGGCGAUGGUGAUGUGUCUGUGCGCAUUCUACCCAAAAUAUCUGUUCCUCUUUCAAUUAUCCGCCAUUAUCGACAUUGCUUCACACUGGUUGCACUUACAUGCCACUGAUCUUACCCAACAAACCACACACAAGGUGAUGGCGUCAAGCAAUCCCAUUCUGCAUCUCUACUAU